CACGGGUCAACCUCCCGAUCGAGUUUAAUAACGGCGGCGUGGUACCUGUAUGUAGCUACAAAAGUGUCGUAGUUCGGGAAAUUUAAUUUAGAUCUCCAAGGACACAGCGUCGGCUGAGGGAAAACAACAAUGGAGUUUUUAGGGAUUGAUUUCAGCUGCGCAUUUGGAUCUCUUCGCCACGGUAACUUCCCUGACAAGGACUGUUUGCUUCCUCUCAUCUCCAAACUCCUCGGCUAUUGUAUCGUCGCCGCCUCCACCACCGUCAAGGUCCCUCAGAUAAUGAAAAUUUUGAGGCAUAGAAGUGUUAGAGGGCUUAGUGUUGUUGCCUUUGAGCUAGAAACCAUAGGUUAUACUAUAGCUCUUGCAUACUGUCUCCACAAAGGCCUUCCCUUUUCGGCUUACGGGGAAUUGGCGUUCCUUUUGAUCCAAGCUAUAGUUUUAGUUGCUACUAUCUACUACUUUUCACAACCUGUGCCUACUGUGACAUGGAUCAGGCCAUUACUAUAUUGUGCUGUAGCACCAACUAUUUUAGCUGGUCAAAUUGAUCCUGUUCUGUUUGAAGCUCUCUAUGCAUCCCAGCAUGCAAUCUUUCUCUUUGCUAGGAUUCCACAGAUAUGGAAAAAUUUGUCUAACAAAAGCACUGGAGAGCUCAGCUUCUUAACCUGUUUUAUGAAUUUUGCUGGUUCGAUGGUGAGAGUUUUUACUAGUGUGCAGGAAAAAGCACCAAGUAGUGUUGUUUUGGGCUCCACCAUUGGUGUUAUCACCAAUGGUACAAUUUUCAGUCAGAUUCUUUUAUACCAAAAGCAGGAAGCCAAAAAAGAGAAGAAAGAUAAGUGAAAGGAGACCAGGUCACAGUUGGCUUUGCUUCAAUUAAAGGUUCAACAAUGACUGCAAGACUGCAAGUUGGCUAGUAUUUCAAGGCCUUGAAUGUUUCAGCAUUUCAAGUUGAGUAUCAUCUUUCCUUGAGAUGAUAGGGUUACAAAAGUAGUGAAUUCACGUUUGUUUUAGUGUCGUGUGGGGGGCCAGCAUGUUCCAGUCAUGGAUGCAUAAGCAAGAGGUGACUCUUAAUUUAUCAAGGGUCUUCAAGAGCUUGUAGUUUCCUUAUGAUAUGUCUCGUAGUCUAUUUUUCUAUUUGGGAAAAAUUACUACAACUUUAACAUUUAGAUUUGUUCUGUUCUUUAAGAAUACAUUUUACUCUGAUUUAUUAAAAUUAUAAUAUUUUAGCA